GGACACAGAGUUAAAAUCACUCCCACAGGAGAUCUAUCUCAAUUCUGAUGGAUAUUUCGGUGAUGUGGAGAGUUAUUCAAAUGUCAUCCCUUUAGCGACAUUCAAAGAUCACGAUCAUGCAGCAGUCAUCAAGUGUGACCUUGGACUCGGUAAGGCUAUCUUGUGCGGUGUCGACCCAUUUUCGCCGUUCACGAAUGAUCAAGACAAUGACGGAAAAGGUGACGAAUACACAGUUAGAAAGCAGUUCAUUCGUUCUUUAUUAUCGGUGUUGGGAAUCGUGUCGACUGACAUCUCGAUUCCGAAUCUAAGCAAGGAAAUAUAUUUGAGGGCUCUAAGACCAGCAUCAAGAGAUAAUUUAUUGCAUAAUAUAAAGCAAUUAGAAGAAUCCGACGGAACGAUCAAGGCGGAAUAUAAUUCCUUUCAAGUGAUCAGGUCAAAUGAAAAUGAGGAUUUUACAAACAAUAAUUCUGAUUCUCAAAUGCUUAAUAUUAUGGCUGAUGAUGAAUUACCAUCAUUGUCCCACUUUGACUUUGAAAAGUAUUUUCGUAGUUUAAGUAAUGCUAGGCAUUCUACGGAUGCCUAUAAAUUUCGAGAAUUGGAAUUUGGAUCGUUGAUAUUGUACGGAGAAGUUUUAGAAAGCACCCAAACCUUGCUUGAAAAAAACAUUAAGUUUACGAAACAAUUGCCAAACGGAUUUGUCACAGUCGCCACUCAACAAACUCAAGGACAUGGUCGUGGCGGAAACACAUGGAUAUCACCUCCAGGAUGCUUACAAUUUUCUUUCGUCAUGAGGCAUUCUGUCAAACUCCAAUCGGCUCCAGUUGUAUUCAUUCAAUACCUUUUGUCGUUAUCUGUGGUAGAAGCGGUGAGGACCAAACCUGGCUAUGAGGAAAUACCGUUGAAGCUUAAAUGGCCAAACGAUAUUUAUGCCGAGAUAAUUGAUAGUUCAUCUAAAUUGCCAAAACUUAUUAAAAUUGGCGGCGUCCUUGUGAAGUCAGAAUUUUUUAACAAUGAAUUCUUGUUGAUUUCUGGAUGCGGAGCGAAUUUGGACAAUGCUGCGCCGACGACGUCGAUAAAUCAGCUAAUACAAAAUUAUAAUCAAUCACAGCAUGUCUCAAAGCAACUCAGACCUUUAUCGCAGGAGGAAUUACUGGCCGAAAUUUUGGUAGAAUUUGAAAUGUUAUAUAAGGAAUUUUGUGAACGCGGUUAUGAAUCGUUCUUGGAUGUUUACUACAAAAGAUGGUUACAUAGAACUAACGUGCCAGAAGAUCGAUCAAACCGAAAUCGUUUAAUUGAUGACGAAGCCAAGAGAAUUGUUGUUUCUCUGGCUGUAGGAGCAGCUUCGCUCAUUUCUGUUCCUCCAGUUGCUACAGUAGCUAAUACCCUGGUCACUCACGCAAUCGAUGUAAUCAAUGGCGACGCAGAAUAUCCGGGAGAAAGGUUGAUGAACAUUCGUCCAAAUCACGUUAAUGAUGUAGUGGGUCUCGCGCGAAAUCAAGUUAGAAGAUUUCUCGGAAAUCACUAA